GACGAGUGUACGGAAAGCAGAAAGUGUCCGACUUCACCAUUUCUUAGACUCUUCUGAUCGACGGAUCAUCUGUCCAUCAUUCAACCUGAGAGAACAAAAACAGAGAGGCAGAACUCGCUGUCUGUGGUGAUUUCUACAGAUAGUGAAAUGGCAGAAGCCAGUAUCUCAUGGACUGAGGAUCAGUUCAGAUGUUCAGUGUGUCUGGAUCUGCUGAAGGAUCCAGUCACGAUUCCCUGUGGACACACUUACUGCAUGUGCUGCAUCUCAGAGUGCUGGGAUCAGGAGGAUUGGAAGGGAUUCUACAGCUGUCCUCAGUGCAGACAGAUCUUCAAACCAAGACCAGUUUUAUAUAAGAAUGUGGUGUUUGCUGAAAUGGUGGAGAAACUGAAGAAGACGAGACUUCUGGCUGCUUUUCCUGUCGUUCAUCACGCUGGAUCUGAAGAUGUUCAGUGUGACUCCUGCACUGGAAUUAAACAGAAAGCAGUGAAGUCAUGUCUGGAGUGUCUUAUCUCUUACUGUCAAACUCAUCUUGAACAGCAUGAGAGUCUCUUCAGAGAUCGAAAACACAAUCUGAUGGACGCUACUGGACGACUCCAGGAGCUGAUCUGUCCUCAACAUGAUCAAAUGCUGGAAAUUUACUGCCGUACCGACCAACAGUGUAUCUGCAAACUGUGUUUGGUGGAAGGACACAAAAAUCACGACACUGUAUCAACUGCAGCGGCAAGGAAAGAGAAACAGAGACAUUUUGAUGAAACACUGUUAAAAAUACAGAAGAUAACCCAGCAGAGGCAGAUAAAGCUGAGAAAGGCUGUGGCAUCUCAUAAGCGCUCUGUACAGACAACAAUGGAGGACAGUGAGAGGAUCUUCACUGAACUCAUGCUCUCCAUUGACAAACGUCGCUCUGAGGUGAUGAAGCUGAUCAGAGAUCAGGAAAGAGCUGUAAUGAAUCGAGCUGAAAAACGACUGAAGCAACUGGAGCAGGACAUCAAUGAUCUGAGGUGGAGAGAUGCUGAGAUGAAGCAGCUUUCAAAGACUAAUGAACAUGUUCAUUUCCUCCAGAGUUUUGCGUCUGUCUCUCUCCCUGGAUGUACAGAUGACUUCACUGUCAGUUCUGAUCUCUCUUUGGAUGCUGUUGUUAAAGUUCAGUUUCAACUCAGAGAUGAACUGCAGCAGUUUUCCAGAGAGACUUUAGAAAACCUAUCUGGAAGAGUGAAAUCCAUCCAGGUCAUUGGCACUCCUGAAUUUCAGACCAGAAAGGAGUUUCUUCGAUAUUCCUGUCGGUUGACUCUGGAUCUGAACUCAGUGAAUUAUUUCCUCUGUCUGUCUGAGGGAAACACUGUGAUUACUGUCGCUGACACAAAUCAACAUUAUCCUGACCAUCCAGACAGAUUUGAUCAUUGGUGGCAGGUGUUGUGUAGAGAGAGUGUGACUGGACGCUGUUACUGGGAGCUGGAGUGGAGCAGCAGAGAGCCCUCAGGAGUGGAUAUAGGAGUAACAUAUGAGAGCAUCAGCAGGAAGGGCAAUAAUCCUGAGAGUGUAGCUGGGUGUAAUGACCAGUCCUGGAGACUGUACUGCACUCCUAUCUCUUACUCAUUCUGGCACAAUAACACAGAGUCUGUCCUUCCUGUAGUCAGUAUUUCCAGUAGAGUAGGAGUGUUUGUGGAUCACAGCGCAGGAACUCUGUCCUUCUACAGCAUCUCAGACACAAUGAGUCUCAUCCACAGAGUCCAGACCACAUUCACUCAGCCGCUCUAUGCUGUGUUUGGACUGGAUAGCAACUCAAGGGUGAAACUCUGUCGAUAAUUUUGUCAUAUCACAUGCUGAAUCGGUGUCAGUAAAAUUCUAAAGUUCUAAUCAGAAAUAAUGCUUAUAAUUAUAGUUUAAUAUAAUUACUUUAAUAAUGGAGUAAAUUUUCUCAUCCGAUGAAUGUAAUAACGGCUGUAGUGUAAGAGAGCUGAUAAUGAAUGAAAAUGAAAAUAAUGUUAAAAUUUAAUGUUACUCAUUUAACUGUCAAAGGUUUUCAGAUCACCCAGUAAAAUAAUUUUGAUGAAUAAAGUGGCAAGAAUAAACUUGUAAAACUUUAUUUUAUGGCUCUAGACAAACACAAUCUGUCUAAACUAAUAACACAGAAAUACUGUAACUUUUUUUUAUUGUAUUUAGUUGCAUUUCAGGGUGGAGAAAGCAAGUGAAGCUGGUUCCUAGUUGGAUCACAUGACAUCUCCAAAUUUCUUGAAGCACUUUUAAAUUAAUUCUUGCUUCAAUUGUUCCACUAUUUCCGCUGAGCUCAUCAAGUUCUGAAGAAAAUGAAAUAAAGAAAUGUACAGAUUACACCUGCAUACUGCAUGAUCAGAUAUAACAGAAUUAAUUUAUAAUACACGUUCUGUAAAAAUAAAUAAUUGAUAUAAAUAAAAAUAAUACAAAAUAGACUAGUUAAAAGUAAAGCAUGGGAUUUU